AUUCCCGCCAAUAUACUGUCUUGCUUCCUUGAACCGGUGUAUACGCAAAAUUUUGUAGUGAAAAAUAUAAUUAGUAAGCCGGAAUGGGUAUUCUAGGUUUAGCGAAGUUAAUUGCGGAUAUAGCUCCGCAAGCUGUAAAAGAAUUAGAGAUUAAGAACUAUUUCGGGCGGAAAAUAGCAAUUGAUGCAUCUAUGAGCUUGUACCAGUUCUUGAUAGCUGUAAGAAGUGAAGGUCACCAGCUAACGUCAGUAGAUGGAGAAACAACAUCUCACCUCAUGGGCACAUUUUACCGGACCAUCCGGCUGGUGGAAGCGGGUAUCAAGCCGGUAUACGUGUUUGACGGGAAACCUCCAGACCUGAAAUCACAUCAGCUAAACAAGAGAGCCGAGAGAAGAGAGGAGGCCGAGAAGGAACUACAAAAGGCUACAGAAGCUGGCGACCAAGCGUCUAUAGACAAGUUCAACCGGCGUCUGGUGAAGGUGACGAAGCAGCAUGGUGAGGAAGCCCGCGAGCUGCUCCGGCUGAUGGGCGUGCCCGUCGUGGAGGCGCCCUGCGAGGCCGAAGCGCAAUGCGCGGAACUUGUAAAAGCAGGCAAGGUGUAUGGUACGGCGACGGAGGAUAUGGACGCGCUGACGUUCGGCUCCAAGGUGCUGCUGCGGCACCUCACGUUCUCGGAGGCGCGCAAGAUGCCCGUGCAGGAGUUCCACCUCGACCAGGUGCUCGACGGGCUGGGGCUGCUACAGGACGAGUUCAUUGACCUCUGCAUCCUGCUGGGCUGCGACUACUGCGGCUCCAUCCGCGGCAUCGGCCCCAAGCGCGCCAUAGAGCUGAUCCGCCAGCACCGCUCCCUCGAUGAAAUCCUCAAGAACAUAGACACCAGCAAGUACCCGCCGCCCGAAGACUGGGACUACGCGCAGGCGCGGAGACUGUUCCUCCAGCCUGAAGUUGCUGAUGCUAAGGAUAUUGAGUUAAAGUGGACAGACCCGGACGAAGAAGGGCUGGUGAAGUUCUUGUGUGGAGACAAACAGUUCAACGAGGAGCGGGUCAGGAAUGGCGCCAAGAAACUCAUGAAGGCAAGGACUGGGACCACCCAGGGCCGCCUCGAUGGAUUCUUUACUGUAAAAACAACACCGAACCCGAAACGCAAGGCUGAGGAAGAUAAAAACAAAGCAAACAAUAAAAAAGCUAAAACAGGCGCCGGCCGAGGAAGGAAACCCAAAUAGUCUAUUAAGUAUUUAAGUACCUAAGAUCAUAGAAUAAGUAAUAAUAACAUAACAAAAGGGGUGUACCCCUUGGGAUAGUCAGGGGUACAUCCAUCGUAAGAUGAACUAAGUAUCCACACCUCACCGAGGUUUAUGUUAGAGCAACGUUAUAAGAAGUGAGCCGUAUCGCGGUAUAGUGGUCGUGCCAAUUGGGUAAAUAAUAAUACGUAUUGAACAGACACUCCGCCCCGCACCAAUGAGUAUCGAGUGCCGAGAAUGCCAAGCUAUACUCCGUUCACCGAAACAAGUAGAGCGCUAUCUCUCUCAAACAUUCUUCUUCUUCUAUCGUGUGGGUUGUGAGGCGAAUUACCAACCUCAUCAACCCUGGUGUCAGGGUUACUAUUGAGCCGCCAAAGGCCCCUGACAUGACUCAUUUAUAACGACUACGUACUUACACAGUAAGUAGUAACCGGGACCAACGGCUUAACGUGCCUUCCGAAGCACGGAUCGUCUUACUUUCGGACAAUCAGGUGAUCAGCCUGUAAUGUCCUAACCAAACUAGGGACCACAAAGUAAUUUUUGUGAUAUGUCCCCACUGGGAAUCGAACCCAGGACCUCCAGAUCGUGAGCACAACGCUCAACCACUGGACCACGGAGGCCGUCUCAAACAUUUUUAACCCCCGACGCAAAAACGACGGGGUGUUAUAAGUUUGACGUGUCUGUGUAAAUGUGUAUGUGCCUGUCUGUGGCAUUGUAGCUCCUAAACGGAUGAUCCGAUUUUUGUGCGGUUUUUUUUGUUUGAAAGGUAUAUCAGUCGAGAGUGUUCUUAGCUAUGUUUGGUGGAAAUCGGUUCAGCUCUUCAAGGUCAUCAGGUCGUUUGUUAGGUGUGACAGGAAUGUUACACGCUCAGUUUGCUUGCAAGCAUAUGUGGGACAAGUUAAUAUUAAAUAUACAUUAACUCAUGGCCGGUUACCUUCCUACAUAUGAUUCUCGCAUUACGUCUAUGGUUGCACAUAUAGAAGAUGCCAGAUUCACCCCGCCCCUCCUUACUUCUUUCCUAUUUCGCCUGCCAGAGUGCCAGCCGCCAUCUUGUUCGAUAUAACAGUUUCAAAGUUCCUCCACAACAUGUAAUUCCGUAACUUAUCCUCUCAAUUUUUGUAGCUGUAUGAUCUAACUUUCACCGUGUACCAUACGUGUAGUGUUGUGAGUUGUGAUAGUAGACGAAAGGUGGUAAUUUUUUAUAGAUAUCCAAAAUCUGAGAUAGAACUCCAAAAAUGGGUAGAGUGCAUUGGUUAUGAAAGAUUGCCUAGAUCACAUCACACCAGUACUAUCCAUAAAUUUUAUUCUUACCGCGUGCUGCCUAACGCGUACGUGCGAGCGAGACAAACAUACGCGCGCGCUCCCUUACUCCGGUCAUGUCAAGUUGCUUUUCGAGCCCGAGUCCUGCUGAGGUUGGUACUGGCGGUUCAGUUAACCGGGUGAGGCCCAGUGAGCGACUCUCUCGAUCUCCGAUUUGCUGUACCUAUACACUUUGGUACCAUGUCACAUUAACUUUUUUGACAAAUCAACUGUAACUCCCACUAAAUGUCAAAUAUGAUAGUGCGACAGGGUUCUAAAGUGGGUACAUGAAUUACACACGCCACAAGAGCGCCACGCGCCGAAGUCAUCGCAUUUUAUAAAUAUUUAUAUGACAUCGUGUGCAACGUCGCGCACCUAC